AUGACACUUAGCGAGGUGGAUAGCAUCAUGACCAGCGCUCAAAGCGGCGGAAGCCUUGACUUCUCCACCUUUUACAAUGUGAUUGAUGGUAAAUUAUCGCCAACUCAAAAGAUCCGCCAUGGCAUCAAUCCAGCUACAGAAGAGCUCAACCCGGAGGUACCAGUCUCUACCCUGGAGGACGUGGAUAGAGCAGUCGAGGCUGGUCAACGGGCGUUUCGAAGCUGGUCCAAGACAACGUAUGAGGAGAGACGAAAGGCACUGUUGGCGUUCGCAGACGCAUUAGAAGCAGAGAGAGACAAAUUUGCGAACCUUCUGGUAAAAGAGCAAGGUAAACCGACGAGACUCGCCCAUGUCGAACUAGGCUUCGCUCUAUCAACUAUUAGAGAAACGGCAGCGUUAGAAAUGCCGACAGAGGAGAUUGUUGAAGGGGAUUGCAAGAUGUUAGUCCGUUAUACGCCGCUCGGGCUCGCUGUCGGUAUUGUGCCUUGGAACUAUCCUGUAUUGCUAUGCUGCGCGAAACUCGUUCCUUGUGUUUUGACCGGAAACACUAUCAUUAUAAAGCCGUCGCCAUUUACUCCAUACGGUGGGCUCAAGGUAGUCGAAUUAGCACAGAGAUUCUUUCCACCUGGCGUGAUACAGGCUCUAUCUGGAGACGAUAAUCUUGGUCCUUGGUUGACAGAACAUCCUGGACCUGCUAAAAUCAGCUUCACCGGCAGUACAGUCACGGGCAAGAAGGUUAUGAUGAGCGCCAGCAAGACACUCAAACGUGUAACUUUGGAGCUCGGCGGAAAUGAUGCGGCUAUUAUUUGUGAGGAUGUAAAUAUUGAUGAAGUCGCUCCGAAGAUUGCCGAGGUUUGCUUCUUGAAUGCGGGACAAUUGUGUCUAGCUGUUAAGCGCAUUUUUGUACAUGAAAGUAUACAUGAGCAAUUUCGCGAUGCCCUUGUGAGGUGCACAAAAGCGCUCAAGCAGGGACCAGGUACUGAGGAAGGAAUUUAUCUUGGACCAGUCCAGAACGCCAUGCAAUAUGAGCGAGUAAAGACAUUCUUCGGUGACAUCGAAAAAGACCAAUUGACCGUCGCUGUUGGAGGUAAACUUCCAGACGGGCCAGGUUACUUCAUUCCACCUACAAUCAUCGACCGGCCGGCAAAAAAUUCACGAAUUGUUAUCGAAGAGCCGUUUGGUCCCAUUGUCCCCAUACUCACAUAUAGCACUGAUGAGGAGGCUAUUGAAAGAGCAAACGACACUAAAUAUGGCUUAGGUGCGUCGGUAUGGUCAAGCAACGCUCAACGCGCGAACUCUAUCGCUGAGCAAAUUGAGGCUGGCUGUGUGUGGGUGAAUAUGCACUACGUGCUAGAUCCAAGAGUGCCCUGUGGUGGGCACAAAGAGAGCGGCAUUGGAGUGGAAUGGGGUGUCGGAGGGCUCAAGGCGUACUGUAAUUCUCAGACACUAUCACGAAAGGAACUCGAUCUAACCCUGCAGAAUCAAUCUCAGACCCUGUCAAAACCGUCUCUGACGAACCAUAAAAUGCCCUCAAAUACUAUUGUAGAACAGAAUGGACGCAAAUAUCGAUCUAAGAAGCAGAGGCCAUGCGACCUCUGCCGCUCUAGGAAGACGCAUUGCAGGAUAACGGGCUCUGAAUCGAUUUGUGAGCUAUGCAAAAAGCUCGGCCGUCAAUGCACUUUUGUGCAAAAGCCUUUGAGGCGCGCGCAAAACCCUCAGGCCAACGGCGAAAAUAUCGACAGGACGAGCCCACCUCAGCCGAACGUCAUGUCUGUUAGCAAUUCACAACAUGACCCAGGACUUCAAGAUCUUCCUUUGGCUGGGAAUGAUGAUACUAACUCAACUCCGAUAGAAAGCUCAUCUUUCUGGCUUCCGCAAAUGGACUGGUCUGCCAUGAAUCUAUCUUCUAUUGGGCUGGCGAACUCAGGAAUGAGUCCAGUAAUUGAACAUUCUAUAGAUUAUGCAUUGCACCAAGAUGUUGAUAUGUCAAAUGCCAUUCCUGGCCGGUCACCGUCUACUACUACUCCCAGAGAAUCGCCAAACAAUGUGCAGGAUGCAGGCAACGGCAGUAUAAAUCAAUCUAGCGAAAUGGGCUCUGAAGCAUACGCUUCAAGUUCGGUAGGUAGUGCAAGAGUGAUCACUGAUAUACGGCAAGAUGGAUUAGAAGAUUGGCCUUCUGAAUUUUCUCUCGACACCAGAAAAGGAUAUUCAAAUCAGCUAAUUGGACUGUCCUGCGAAUCCGAUCCAUACUUGCUUCGGAACUACUACUAUAACAAACUUGAUACAUAUCCGAUGUUCCGACUCGACUUCCGCAAAGUGAAGGACGAUGCGAGCGUCCAACCAUUUCUCGAAACCUCAGCCUAUGGCAAUUCGCUUCUACCUGCAGACUCACCCCCGGUUCAAUUUGUAAUGACACAUGAAGACAUCUGGAAGGAUUCUCAAAAUUUUGUCGAAGCCAUACAAUCAGGGGGUAAUACGGAAGAGAGCGACCUCGAACUUCUCAAGAAGAUUGUGCCGGCCGAUUUGGGUCCACGGUUACUGAAACUGCAGUCCCUAAGUGAUAUCAACAAGGAUACCAAGGUUUAUUUCGAAGCCUCAUUACGCCUAUCGGUUAUAGAACUCAAAUACUCCGAGUUGGAAAAGGAUAUUAAUUUGAGCGCAUCUGCUGCCCGCCUCGUCAGCGAGCCUGACCAACUGAAAAUAAGAGAUCUGUUGUUCGAUAUUUAUACCGUGCUCAUCGAGGCAAAUAUUGUGGCACUGAUGAAAGAGGUAUCUUCCAAAGUCAAUGCAUGGCUCUAUGCUCAUUUGAUUUGGCGAACGACUUCGAUGGUAGCCUCGUUUCUCCGAAUUCAGCCAGCCAGCACCGUGCGGCCGUCAAAGAACAAUCAAUAUCUCGAGCAUCACGCAGCUGUUAGAUCGAUCUGGACCAUGCGAGAACUAUUCAACUCUGAUCAAGACGCACUCUAUUGGAAUCUCGGUUAUUUUCAGAGUUUCUUCACCCCGUGCCUUGGUAUUCUCUUUGGCACCAUUCUCACAAUCACUUCCAAAAGCGAUGCCGCGGAGGAUCUAGCUCUCACAUUAUGGGUGCAGACAGUCGUUAGUAGACCUCCAGCAACCAUCCCCAGCUCCGGAAAGAAAGACUCAAGUGCCGCAGAAUAUGUGCUUACAUCCCUCGACCAAGUCGUCAACUGGGCCCGACAAGGUUCACUAUGGCCACUCAGCUUCGGCCUCGCCUGCUGUGCCAUUGAGAUGAUGCAUCUGUCCAUGCCACGAUACGAUCAGGACCGUCUCGGUAUAAUCUUCCGCGCCUCUCCCCGUCAGGCCGAUGUCAUGAUUGUAGCCGGCACGGUGACGAACAAAAUGGCCCCAGCUCUUCGUCAGUGCUAUGAUCAGAUGCCCGAUCCUAAAUGGGUUAUUAGUAUGGGUAGCUGCGCGAACGGUGGUGGCUACUAUCAUUACAGCUAUAGUGUUGUUAGGGGCGUUGACCGGAUUAUUCCUGUCGAUAUUUAUGUCCCGGGCUGUCCGCCUACGCCGGAAGCGUUGAUGUAUGGGAUCUUUCAAUUGCAGAAGAAGAUGAAGGCGACGAAGGUUACCAGGAUGUGGUAUAGGAGAUAG